GCACCAUUCCCAGGGACCGGGCAGGGCCAAGCUGUCAGAGCCACCCGUCACCGCCAACUCGACCGCCGCACCUGGGGUCUUGGUGGUUGUUCUUCCUGCUUCAUAACCACCACUCAGCCAUCUUCGUCUCACUGUUUACCCUCUGCCCCUACCACUCGACCUCCAAAUCGACCGCCCUGCAAUGUGAAAUCAAAAGCCCUCACGAGUGUUCGUUCUUCUCUCCCUGUCACCUACAACUUAACACCUGGCCGUGUCUCUCCUUCUCACCCUCCCGUCUCGACGACGUUCCUUCUGCUCGCCAGCAUUCCUCGCCGUCGCCCAGCGACCUCACACCCCGCUGGUCCUCGACUCCCCACCACGCCCGGCAUUGAGCUCGAACCACCCCCAUCACAACUGUACCUAUAAUCCUGUUAUACCACUGAACUGUUCCUCGAUCUGCCUGGGAUAUCAGGGCUAUUUGAGCAUCGAAUCUGUCGAGUCUACCCUGCCUUUCGGAUUCGGCUUAGUUGGUGAAUCAUUGUUGCGGGUGUCAACUGGGUCAAAGUCAGGUCAAGUCACGCUCAGCCCACACCACAAUAAACUUCAGACAAAGGGGUGAAGCUCUCUGCUUUGAGUCAAGACUACACCAUCCAAGCUCAUUCUUCAUCGUCUUGCCUGUUCACCAGCUUCUUCAGUGGCAACAAACCCUGUGGCUGCCUGUCGACAGGCAUCUGGAGCUCGACAAGCCGUGACACCAACUACGCUUUCAACUACCUUGGGGUCAGCUCAACCAACUCACCACUCUCCCACUCUCUCUCUCUCUCUCUAAUCUCUCGAAUCUCUACCACUUCUUCGACUAUCCUCACUCCCUCCUCUACUUCUUCAUCCGCAUUCUUUGGCUCUUCUGCCGGAACCAGUCCCACAAUCCUUUCGACCAUGACACAAUAAACUGACGCUCUUUACGCCUCUGCUCGUUCGACUGCACAACGAGCCCAGCAGGCUCUGCGUCAGCGAUCAGCUUUUCCUUUUGUUUUACGUUACGACCUAUACCACCUCUAUGAGCCUCUGACCUUACACGAACGACAAGGAGUUCCGCGGUGUCCUUCUCGACUGGGCGUUUUUCUAACACAUGAUAAGUGGGGAGGUUGAAGAAUUGAAGCUACAAGGCGGAUCUAUGCUUGGUGUCCGGGUUCCAGUUCCUAUACUCGACGUUUCCUCCUGAGCGUAUCUGCUCUUACACAUUGCGUCUACGUUGCGAUCCCAUUCCUGUCUAUACUGCUGUACAAAGUCCUCCUGGGUCAUAUUACACGUCGCUGUUCAGUCAACAAAAGUUCUUGUCACUUGAAUCCAAAAAGGAUAGAACGCUGCUCGAAGCAUCAGAGAUAUACCGGCUCACCCCAUUCUUGAUAUCCGCCAAUACAACGAUGGAGUGCAUGAAAGAUGAGUUCCACAAGGAUCAACUUCUGGAUGGUCGCUUCAGAACCAUUGCUCCCCUCAACCAUGGUUCCUUCGGCAUGGUCUUCCUGGCCGAGGACACCUUGACUCGGCAAAAUGUGGCCAUCAAAUGUUUGACCAAGCCUUCUGUUACCGCCAAGUCCACACAGGUACCAACCACGGACGAAGGGACAGAAGAGUUUGCGUGCCAUGCAAUUCUGAGGCACCACGAUCACCUGGUUAACCUGGUUCAUCACUUUGAAACCGACGCUCACACCUACCUGGUUCUGGAAUACUGCUCGCAAGGUGACCUGUACGAAGCCAUCCGCCUCAACCGGGGUCCUGUCCAGACUGAGCACGUUCGACGUUUCAUGCUGCAGCUGAUCAGCGCCGUGCAACAUAUGCAUGCUAACGGCCUCUUUCACCGAGACAUCAAGCCUGAGAAUAUCUUCUUGACCCAAGAUGGUUCCGUCAAACUGGGGGAUUUCGGCUUGGCCACCAAGAGCCUAUGGUCUUACGAGUCUUGCGUUGGAAGCGACCGAUAUAUGGCCCCGGAACAGUACGAUCCUGCCGGCGCGGGCUACUCCCCCGCAAAGGCAGAUAUCUGGUCUAUCGGUAUCUGCUUGCUCAAUGUCCUUUUUGCCAGGAAUCCCUUUGUGACACCCACGGAAUCAGACAUCCUCUUUGCCGAUUAUCGUCGAGACCGCCAGUCUCUGUUUGACAUCUUUCCCAGCAUGUCGCAGGAUACCUUUGAGAUCCUAUCUGUGGCCAUGGCUUUGGACCCUGCCAAACGGGACUUAGGCGCCGUGAGGCAAGCUGUUCUCCGUGCCAUUGCUUUCACCACCGAGGACGAAUCCUUCGACGACUUUUUCUGUUCCGAGGAACGAGAUGUUGUCCGAGCCAGUGCCAAUCGCGAGCCCUUGCGGACUCCGUCAAUUCAGAGUCCUCAGAUGGAUGGCGACUCCUUCCCGUGGGCCAAGGCAUUGCAUGCCAGUCCUCUCAAGCAGCAACUUGACUCGAUCCCUGAUCUGUACGAGGAAGAUCUCUUUGACUCAGACAAGAGCCUUAAGCUCGGAGAGUCAUGGUACUCUGGCCACGGCACCACGCCUUCUCUGACGUCAAUCUUCGACUCAGCCUAUGGAUCCUUCAAAUCCAUGACCCUCAGGCGAUCUGCUGCCCGCAACCCACCUCAGCCGGACCCUCUCCCCAUCCCCAACUCAUUACCAUCUCGUGCCUCCCGGCCCAUUCCCACCAUGUCGUCCAUCUUUGGAAAGAAGAAGGAUGAUACGGUCGCCAAGAGUUGGAGUGAUAUGUUCGAGGAAGAUGAGGAGGAGUCGGAACGCGAGGCUGAUCUGAAGUUGCGACGUGAGCAAAACUCGCGAAGCUGGAGUCAAGACAGUCAAAAACGUCUCCCAGUCCCUCCUGGGGUGCUCACCGAGUCUAAGAGUCGCUCUUCUAGCAAUGCUUGCCGCAGCCGCACGCCAAAGCCCGUAUCGCCCAUCAAGACGAGCGAUGGGGCCAAUGAGAACGACCCUUUUGGGUGGCGUGCACGAACUCCUCGACACUCGCCCAAACAAUUUCCCGUGGACAAGUGGGCGGCACUGGGCGACAAGAGGCGGAACUACCAGACGGAGUCGGACACGCAGACAUGGACCUUCAAGAAACGAUCUAUGACGACGGGAUCACGUAGGAAGCCUACGACCGGAUUGGGACAUGAUCCCCACCACCACCAUCAGCAUCCAUGGCACCGUCGCGACAGCCGACCCAAGGCUCGUCCGGCGUACCUGGAUCAAGAUUGGCGGCAACAACGGGUGACGGAUUCAUCCUCGACUGACGAGGAUGAACUUGAGUGGGUUGGAGGUUGGCACAACUUCCAUUUGUAAUUCUUUGAGCAUCACCUUCUUGUCAGCUUAUUCGAACUUUGUGUGAACCGGGGCGAGUUACAAUCCCAGCAGGGGGGGAACGAGUCUUGUGUUUUUGUUUGGAUGGGUCAGGUGAAGACCACAUUGCCAUGCUUUUGAGAAAAGGAAGGAAAAAAAAUACUCCCACCCUCGCUUUUGUCUUGAUUGGAACCUUGACACUGAUGACUUUGCAAACAUGGGCUUGUUUAUCGACGAGGUGUCAUGGCGUGUACCAACAGCAAUCAGAAACCAAAAAUACCCGGACAAAGGCAUUGGGCACGGCGGCGGCCGCGAGUAUGUUUUUUUUGAGUGUUUUAUUUUACCGUGGGGAUUCACCACAUGAAAUCCGACAAGGACAGCAUCAUAGGAUAUGGGAAGAAAAGCUUGGGGUGGGAGUGGUGUUGCUGUCGGCAGCGAAGGGGGAACGGUUCACUAUUCAGGUUUGAAGAAGGCCAUUUGAGGUGUUGAGACAGGCGUGUGUGCUCUUUGAAUUGCAUCAAUUCUCCUGGACGCGCGGGGACUUUUUUACUUUGUUGGCUUGAAAGAGAUGGAGCUGGAGCUUUGCUGAGAGCUUUGCUGAGAGCAGAGAGCUUGUCGAGCGAGAAGUAGCUAGAUUGAUACUUUGGCCUCUAGACGGGCAUUGAUUGACAAGAGUCUUUCAAGAAUGGAGAAUUUCAACCCUCUCAA